AUGGCGAAGCCUCACUCGUUCAUGAAGGGCCUCUUCGACAGCGCCCUCGGCGACGUCAUGGGCAACAUCAUCUCGGACCUCGGUCACGAGCUCAGCGACGACGUCCUGAGCACCCGAGCCGCCAGGGCGUUCCGCGCCUUCGACACCGACGGUUCGGGGCGCCUCGAGUUCCACGAGCUCCAGAGGGCGAUGGACACCCUCCCGAACAGCUGUCGCCCCGCGCGCGAGGCCGACGCCAGGGCGCUGUUCCGUCGCUUCGACGCCGACGCGUCCGGCGCGCUCGACGUCGACGAGUUCGCCGCGCUCGUGCGAUGCCUACGCAGCAGGGCGCGCCUCGAUCGCAUGCCCGGAGUCAUCUACUGCGGGGGCGUACUCAUGAACCCUUCGAGCAACCCCGAACUCGCACGCCGCCUGCUCUACUCCAAGCCAUACGAGCCGUGGUCCGUUCUCGCGCGCGCCAUCGCCAAGCCCACCAGGGUGGUGGCGUCGGCGACGAACGUCGUCUCCAACGGCGACGCGCGGGGAUCGUCGAGGAAGGCGGCGUCCGCGAUGUGUCACGCCGAUUCCGACUCGGAAGAUGACUCGGGUGAUUCCGGGUCGGAGCGGGACGACGACUCGGCGCUGGAGGAUCCCGGCGGAGGAGGAGGAGGCGCACGCGGGGGCACGCACAUAGUCCGCGCGUCUCACAAACCCCGCACUUCCACUUCCACCGCCUCCUCCUCCUCCAAGAAAACGUCCAGAAACCGAGGGAGCGCUCUGUACGCCGCGUUGCUCGCGGUUCGACUGCUCGCGUGCCUCGCGCCCGGGUACGUCCACCCCGACGAGUACCACCAGUCCGUGGAGGUGGCCGCCGCGGACGUGCUCGGCGUGGAAGUGGACCACCCGUGGGAGUUCACGUCGAAGAACCCGGCGAGAUCGGCGCUGGCGCCGCACUUGAGCGCGGGGUGGACCUACGGGGCUUGGCGGUUGUUCCGUCGUUGUCGGGCGUUGUUCGCCGGCGGGUUUCAAAAACACCCCACGUUCGAUUUCUUCGAGGAGCACGAGGAGCGCGUGCUUCCCGCCGUGGUGUUCCUCGCGCCGAGGCUGGGGAUGUUUUUCCUGUCGCUGACGCUGGACGCCGCCGCGUAUUCGUGCGCCGAGUCGUGUUCAAAAUCAUCCGGGACAAAAUCGGGUCAAACGAAGAGAUCGGGUCAAACGGCGGGGGCGGAUGCUCGAAUCGCGUUGGCCUCGUCGUGGCCCGUGCUGGUCUUCGCCGUGCGCCCGUUCAGCAACUCGCUCGAGGCGUGCCUCCUCGCGGUCGCCGCGCUCGUGACCCUCGCGAGGCCGCGGUGGUACCGGUGGAGAGUCUCCGGCACCCUCGGUUUCAUCGCGGCGAUCGGAAUCUGGACCAGGUUCACCUUCGCGCUGCUCGCGAUUCCCCUCGGUGUGCGAAACCUGGAGAGCACGCUCCGGUUUCGGGUGUACCCGCUGGCGUCCUCGGUGCUCGUGACGUGCGUCGGGGUGUCGAGCUUCGUCGCCACCGCGGCGGUUUUGAUCUCCGCGGAUACGGCGUAUUACCUCGGCGGAAAAGCGCUGGUGGACGCGUUGAACGAUCCGUUGAACAACAUGUUCAACAACGUGGUGGUGGCGCCGCUCAACUCGCUUCGAUACAACGCGAACGUCGCCAACCUCGCGGCGCACGGUCUGCACCCGCGCGGGACGCACCUCGCGGUGAACGCGCCGAUGAUGUUCGGCCCCCUCGCGUUUUUCGCCUACGCAGCGCUCCUUCGCUCGAUUUUCUCGAAUCACGCGAGGACCGACCGAAGGAAACUCUUGGAGGGCUCCGGCGACGACCACCGCAUCUCGAUCCACCUGCACGCCAAGAGGCCCGCGCCGACGCACGCGCCCAAACGGCGCGCGGCGGGCGUCGGCGGCAGCGCCCGGGCCACCGUCCGGCGGUCGAACCGACGAGCGCUGUGGCUAUGUACGAUUUUGUAUAUCUGUGGCGUCUCCGUGGCGCCGCACCAGGAACCGCGGUUUUUACUGCCGCUCGUCGUCCCCCUCGCGGCUCUCUUCGGCGCUGAGGUGACGAGGACGCGAACGAGAUCGCUCGCGUGGAUCGCGUUUAACCUCGCCGGCUUUAUCGUCUUUGGGGUGGCGCACCAAGGGGGCGUGGCGUCGGCGACGGCGGCGGUGCCCUCCGUCGCCCGCGACGAGUGGACGCGAACGCUCACGAACGCACGCGCCGGGGUGACGAACACGAACGCGAACGACGACGCCGCCGAGUCGCUCCUGAACGGCCUGGAGAGCGAGUCGGCAUCGACGCCGCCGAGGGUACACGCCGCGUUUUGGCGCGUGUACACGCCGCCGCUGGCGCUGUUGGCUCGCCGAUCGCCCGAGGAGCACGCGUGGGAGACCGGCGCGACGUUGGCGUCGACGCCGCCGCUCGCCGCGUGGCGCCGACGCAACCGGGUCGUCUCGGCGAGCGACUUUUCUUCCUCCGACGACGUUUCCGGCGACUACGCCGGCGACUUUUCCGGCGCCAUCAAUCCCGACCUCGACGAGACGCGACCCGCGUUGGACCAAAAGUCCCUUCACAGGGUGCACGCCGCCGACCUCACGGGUUUGCCCGCGGCCGGGGUCAAGUACGCGCUGAGGCACGGUCGGUGCGAGGGCGCGGCGGAGCGCGGGGAGCCCUGCGUCACCCUUCUCGUCGCGCCUGUGACGGCGGUUGAGGCAGACGAGGCCCUGGCGGCUGCGGUGGAGGCGGUGAGGACGUUCGGUCCGCACUUCUCGGGGGAGGAGAUGGACGCGUACGUCCGCGCCUAUCGAACCGGGGGCGCUCGCGCGGUGCUGGAGGGCAUGCGCCUCGGCGUGUAUCGGGUCAAGGAGUCCGCGUAG